UUCCAGCACCCCCGACGCCGAGCUGCAGCCCGCGUUCCCUCGCCAAGCGCGUCGGACGCCUUCCCCAGCGUCUUCCCCAGCGCCUUCCCCGGUGCGGGCUCCAAUGCGUCGGGGCCGCGGGGCGCGCGGAGCGCCUCGUCCCUCGCCCUGGCCGUGGCAUCACCACGCGCUCUACUCGGCGGUGUGUGCCGUGGGGCUGCUGGGCAACGUGCUGGUCAUGUUCGGCAUCGUCCGGUACACUAAGAUGAAGACAGCCACCAAUAUCUACAUCUUCAACCUGGCCCUGGCGGAUGCAUUAGCCACCAGCACACUACCCUUCCAAAGUGCCAAGUACCUGAUGCAGACAUGGCCUUUUGGGGAAUUCCUCUGCAAGGCUGUGCUCUCCAUUGACUACUACAAUAUGUUCACCAGCAUCUUCACCCUCACCAUGAUGAGUGUCGACCGCUACAUUGCAGUCUGCCACCCAGUCAAGGCUCUGGAUUUCCGUACCCCUGCGAAGGCCAAGCUGAUCAACAUUUGCAUCUGGGUCCUGGCUUCAGGGAUUGGAGUACCCAUCAUGGUCCUGGCCGUGACCCACCAUCAUGACGGUGUAGUGGUGUGCAUGCUCCAGUUCCCCCAGCCCAGCAGGUACUGGGACAUGGUCACCAAGAUCUGCGUGUUCCUCUUCGCCUUCGUGGUGCCCAUCCUCAUCAUCAGCGUGUGCUACGGCCUGAUGCUGCUGCGCCUCCGCACCGUGCGCCUGCUGUCGGGCUCCAAGGAGAAGGACCGCAGCCUGCGGCGCAUCACUCGCAUGGUGCUGAUAGUCGUGGGCGCCUUCGUGGUGUGCUGGGCGCCCAUCCACAUCUUCGUCAUCGUCUGGAUGCUGGUGGACAUCAACCGCCACGACCCGCUCGUGGUGGCCGCGCUGCAUCUGUGCAUCGCGCUCGGCUAUGCCAACAGCAGCCUCAACCCCGUCCUCUACGCCUUCCUCGACGAGAACUUCAAGCGCUGCUUUCGCCAGCUCUGCCGCCUACCCUGCAGCCGCCGAGCGGACCCGGGCAGCUUCAGCCGUACGCGUGGAACCACGGCCCGGGAGCGUGUCACUGCCUGCAGCCCGACGGAGGGCCCCGGGGGUGGCGCGGCCUGAGCACUCACAUGGGCCUCGUCGGAGGAGCCUGGGGUCAGGGAGGGGAUGGGGCCACGAUGCGGAGGAGAAUCGAGUCAGAGACCCACUGGGGACCGUGGGACCGUGCAGAUGGACACAUGGGACCCCCAUGGAACUGGGCAAAGGAACAAACAGCCCUCUUGUCUGGGGCUGGCUGGUGGGCCAGACACAGGGCCAGUGCCUCGGUUAAAGGCACAAUUUGAUGCUUUAGGUGCAUGGAGCUGCACCUUCCACCUGCCAACAGUAGCUAAGUGGUCUCCAUGUGAUGGUGGAACCCCAAUCUAGACCCAGUUUUAAUCCAGAGCCUAGCUGGCUGCGGAAGAGGGGUCCAACCUGAGUCCUGGCAAGACGACUUGGCACCCCAGCUAGGGGAGGAAUUUGGAAAUUGAGCUGCAAGAUUGGCCCUCUGUGUAGGGAUUAGGUAGGCUCU